UGAGAAGAGCCUCCUGAGCAGCCAUGGAGGGGUUACAGCUGCGGCAGGCACCCUGCAGCCGGAGCUUCCUCAAGCUCACUGCCAUGGAGGUGAAGUGGAUCCAUGUCUUGGUCGUCUUCCUCUUCCUGCUGUCCAUGGCUAUGACCGGCUGCUUCCUGUGGCAGUACAGCCUCCCCAAAGUGGAGCCCAAUCCAUCCUUGAUGGAGGUGAGGUCAGAGUCUGUGCAAAUGUGUCCCCGCUAUCCUGAGCCGGUGCCACUGGACCACCCUCUCCCCAUCCUGAAGGAAGCACUGGAGAAGGUGGAUCAGAUGCUGCGGCAGAAGAUGCACAGCUCCGGCCUCCCGGCCAUGUCGGCCAUCGCCGUCUACAACGACACUGUGCUCUGGACGGGCAACUUCGGGAAGAAGAACGCCUCCGACCCUGCCUCGGGGGUGCCCAAUGAGUACACCAUCUACAGAAUUGCCAGUGUCUCCAAGAUCUUCCCCACCAUUAUGUUGUACAAGAUGUGGGAGGAAGGAAAAGUCACAUCCCUUGAUGACCCAUUGGAGCGCUAUGCCCAGAACUUUGUUAUUAAGAACCCUCUGGGGAGGUUCAAGGACUCAGAGCAGAGAUACACAGCGGACGGCCUGGUGUUUUUGGAAAAAGGCUCGAUGCCCCUGAAGCCAUCCCUGGUCACCCUGCGCAGAAUGGCCAGUCAGCUCUCAGGUCUGCCCAGGAGGCUGCGAUCCACCAGCCUGCUCUGGAAGGGCAACACACAGGACGCCCUCGCGCUGCUCAAAGACGACGUCCUGGUGGCCGACCCAGGAACCAGGUGCCACUACAGCAACCUGGCCUUCUCCCUGAUGGCCCACGUGCUGGCUGACCACGCAGCCAAUGGGCAGUACCAGCGCUGGAUCUCGGAGAACAUCCUGGACCGCCUGGGCAUGGAGGACACAGGCUUUGACAUCACGGCACCCAUCCGCUCCCAGAUGGCUGUGGGCUUCUACGGCAGCCAGCAGCCAGCCCCGCUCUACGACCUGGGCUGGUACCGGCCCUCUGGCCAGAUGUACUCCACGGCUGCCGACCUGGCCAAACUGGCCAUGGUCUUCCUGGGCACUUACCACCGCCAGCUGCUCGAGCCCGACACAGUGAAGACAAUGCUGACACCCCUGUUCAAGUGCUCCGUGGAAUACUUUGCUAACAAGACAGGCACGCCCUGGGAGAUUAACGAGCAAUUGGGAUAUGAUGUCAUCAGGAAGGAUGGGGACCUUGAUGGUUACUCAGCAACCUUCUCUCUCAUCCCGAAGCUCCGCCUGAGCUUCAUUGUGCUGAUGGCAGGGCCCAGACCUCAGGGUGGGGACAUUGUGACUCAGACGUACGAGUAUCUCAUCCCUGCCAUGGAGACAGCGUUCAGAGAGGCUGACAAAAGCUUGGUUCCUCCUCCAAACCCAAUCCCUUAUGUUGGCUACUACACCUAUUCCAACCUAACUUUCUAUGAGAUCAAAGUUGGAAUUGGUGGGGUGCUGCUCAUGCAGCAGUUUGGGCCUCAUGUGGAAGAGCUGAUCCCUGAAAAGUAUCGGACAAUCAAGCUCCACCACCUGGAAGAUCGCGUUUUCCAAGUCGUUUUUGACAAGGAGUUCCCAUGUGUUCUGCACCUGGGCUCUGCCUCCAUCUCACUGGAGACGCAGAAUGGGCAGCUCUUUAACUUCUACCCCUUUGACCGCAAGGGUUUGUCCCCCGGCUUUGACGCCCCGGGGCUGAACACCUACAACGUGGUGCGUGUCCUGCGCAAGCCCGUGUUCUACAGCUAAACAUUCCACACUCUUCCCUCCACUCCUGGGAGCUGCCUCCAGAUCUGUGUCUUACCAGACUCUCCUGCCUGUGUGGCAUUGUGGAUGCCAUUCAAAAGGGAAGGAUAGAGGCAAAUGACUCUUGCUAAACAAAUCCUUCCCACUUUUAAGACUACUUUAAUGACUUGUCAUUGGCCCCCAGCAGUGCACAACAGGCCAGCUGGCACCUGGGCACACCUGCAGGAAAAAGAAGUGGGAAUGUGCUGGACGGAUGUGUUUGGAUGCCACAAAAAAAAAGCCGAGCAUUGAAGUGCUCCACUCUUAUAUUGUCUGUUUGAUGACCACUGUGGUGAUCAACUGCUAUCAUCAAAGUGCUGAGAGUUCCCUGGGUCUCUCAGAAAAUGUAUCUUCAUCAGUCCAAGGAUUUUUCCAGGGCUUUUCAAGAGCCUGUCUAUCACAAACAAGAUCCCUUUCCUGAGAUUGCCAAAAACAUUAUGUGCUAAAAAAUGGCACCAGUCUGACAACAGGCCCUGCUUGGGAUCCCCUGGAAGUAAGAGUC